AUGAAUAAGCAGCUGUUGUCAUGCUCGCUGAAAAGCGGCAAACAGGUUACGAUGGUUGUCGCGUCUGUAGCCACAGAUGGCGUUGAUCAGCAGGUCGAAAUCUCGUACUACGAUCAAAAAGUGAUUGGAAACGGAUCGUUUGGUGUGGUGUUCCUCGCCAAACUGUCGACAACCAACGAAAUGGUGGCCAUCAAAAAAGUGCUUCAGGAUAAGCGAUUCAAGAAUCGAGAACUUCAAAUCAUGCGAAAGCUCAAUCAUCCAAAUAUCGUCAAACUGAAGUACUUCUUCUAUUCGAGCGGCGACAAGAAGGACGAGCUGUAUCUGAAUCUGAUACUCGAAUACGUUCCAGAGACUGUCUACAGAGUGGCCCGACACUACUCAAAGCAGCGACAAUCGAUUCCAAUGAUCUACGUGAAACUGUACAUGUACCAAUUGCUUCGCUCUCUCGCCUACAUUCACAGCAUCGGCAUCUGCCAUCGUGACAUCAAACCCCAGAAUCUGCUCAUCGAUCCAGAAACUGGAAUUCUGAAGCUGUGCGAUUUCGGAUCAGCAAAAUAUCUGGUCCGCAACGAGCCAAACGUCUCCUACAUCUGCUCUCGCUACUACCGUGCUCCGGAGCUCAUAUUCGGGGCUACAAACUACACGAACUCGAUCGACGUGUGGUCCGCAGGAACUGUGAUUGCCGAACUGUUGCUCGGCCAGCCGAUCUUCCCAGGAGACUCUGGCGUCGAUCAACUCGUCGAGAUUAUCAAAGUACUCGGAACGCCGACUCGUGAACAGAUUCAAAGCAUGAAUCCAAACUACAAGGAGUUCAAAUUCCCACAGAUCAAGGCUCAUCCAUGGAAUAAGGUGUUCCGUGUGCACACCCCCGCCGAGGCAAUCGAUCUCAUCUCGAAGAUCAUUGAAUACACGCCGACGUCGCGGCCAACGCCACAAGCGGCAUGCCAACACGCGUUCUUCGACGAGCUCAGGAGUCCAGACGCACGACUUCCAUCGGGACGAGCACUGCCACAACUGGAAAUGGACGGACCGAAUGAGGUGUCUGCGACGGGUGGAGAUAUGGCUGGACCAUCGGCCUAA